GUUGUGGUGGCCCGCGGCGCGCGCACAGCACCGGGCGCAGCCGCCGCCGCCGCCUCAGCCGCAGCAGCGCCGAGACCGCCGCGCCCUCCUCGUCCUCCUCUUCCUCCUCUCCUUCCUCCUCCUCCUCCUCCCGGAGCCCGCAGCCUCCUCGCCCCUCUUCCCCCCCGGACCCCGCGAAGAUGGUGGACCGCGAGCAGCUGGUGCAGAAGGCCCGGCUGGCCGAGCAAGCCGAGCGAUACGACGACAUGGCGGCCGCCAUGAAGAACGUGACGGAGCUGAACGAGCCCCUGUCCAACGAAGAGAGGAACCUGUUGUCCGUCGCCUACAAGAACGUGGUGGGGGCGCGGCGCUCGUCCUGGCGAGUCAUCAGCAGCAUCGAGCAGAAGACCUCUGCCGAUGGGAACGAGAAGAAGAUCGAGAUGGUCCGUGCCUACCGCGAGAAGAUCGAGAAGGAGUUGGAAGCGGUGUGCCAGGAUGUGCUGAGCCUGCUGGACAACUACCUGAUCAAGAACUGCAGCGAGACGCAGUACGAGAGCAAAGUCUUCUACCUGAAGAUGAAAGGGGACUAUUACCGCUACCUGGCCGAGGUGGCCACCGGGGAGAAGAGGGCGACCGUGGUGGAGUCCUCGGAGAAGGCCUAUAGCGAAGCCCACGAGAUCAGCAAGGAGCACAUGCAGCCCACCCACCCCAUCCGGCUCGGGCUGGCGCUUAACUACUCGGUUUUCUACUACGAGAUCCAGAACGCGCCGGAGCAGGCCUGCCACCUGGCCAAGACGGCCUUCGACGACGCCAUUGCCGAGCUGGACACCCUCAACGAGGACUCCUACAAGGACUCAACGCUCAUCAUGCAGCUCCUCCGCGACAACCUAACGCUCUGGACGAGCGAUCAGCAAGACGACGACGGCGGAGAAGGCAACAACUAGACCCCCCCGAUGGACUGGCAGCCGCACGCUGAUGCUAACUACUGCAGUCUUUAUUUUUUUCCCACGAGUGGGGGGGGGUCCGGGGUGGGGGAGGGAAAGGGAGGGGACACCUUCCCAGGGAGGCCCCCCACAACCUGUCUUUGAUUGCCUCGUUGACAUUUUUGCCAAAACACCACUAGUGGAAGUCAGGCUGGCUGUGCUGGUAUGGAAUAGCAGCCUCACUGGCAUAUGGACUGUUCUGUAGAUUAUUAAUACAAGUGGAGCUGUCUUUAAUUUAACUUUAUUGCUAGAAAUAAAAAAAAAAAAAAAAAAAAAGGGUUUUAAGACGAUUUUGCGUGGAUGGAAUGGCCCUCGUUUUUAAGGAAAGCAAUGCAAAAACAUUUAAAAAAAAAAAAAGAGAAGGGAGUUCUGUGGUUCCAGUAAGGCUUCGAGCGUUUGUUUCCGCAGCCCAGGUGCCGUGUGCCCGCACCACGUCGCGGGGCCUCUCUCUGCAGCGCUCUGCCUGCCAGGGUGCAGCUGCAAAUCCCCAAAUUGAGAAGGAAUUAAAAACAAAACCAACAAAACUAAAGAAUUUGGGGCUCGCGAAGCCCUGGGAUUUAGGCCAUCCAAUCUUUUUUUUUUUCUUUUUUUUUUUUCCUUUUUUUUUUUUUUCCUUUUUCUUUUUUUUUUUUUUUCCUCGGUUGAGAUAUUUAUUAGGGUAGCUUACAGUAUUAACAGUAAAUUGCAGUUUACAGUAUUUCUACAUUACAGCCAUAUGACAUCAAGCCUUUGAUUGUCUGUUUUUCUUUCUUUUGCUAGUUCUUUUGGCUUGCCUUCCUGAGCAGUCCUCGCCUGUGGACUGGCUUUAGCUAUUCUGUGUCGCCCAAGGCAAGAAGACCGCCCGCCUGAGGAACAUCAAAGCUGCUCUAGUUUUUUGGUCAACAGCUUAACAGGUGCUUGGCUAGCGGCUGUUUCAACUAUUUUAAGUCCACAGCAAAAGGUUUAAGAACUUAAUUAGACAAAGGGGGAAGUGUUUAAACUUAAAAAUGCCACUUAAAUAAAAAAAAAAACAAUAAAAAAAAAUUUAAAAAAAAAAGAGCAUUCAGGUCUGUAUGUCAUGUACUGUGUUUGGUAUUUCAAAAGACCAUCCUGAUUUAAGGUGCCACAGCUGCUUCCUCAGGGAUUGCACUGCCAUUUCACUCUGCCUGACUUUCUCCCACUGUACCAUGAGGUUUGUCAGCAGAUCUCCGGCACCCAGGGCUCCCUUGUUUGUCACCAGGGAAGCCGGGUGUGUUUUCCUUUCUCCUGGGGAAGCUUGUGGUGUAAUGAGUGAACUUCAGGAGCUUAGACGCUAAUUUGGUAGAGAAAUUCCUCAAGGGAAGAGCUACAAUCAUAGACAUUUCUAUCCACCAUCGGGAGCCCAGGAACUUAGUUCUCUUCUUAGCAAAAUCUUUUCCGAGUCUGUCUGAUCCGGCCCGGGGCGGGAGUCGGGGCAUCUGAGUUGCUUAGCAGGUAAUACUUACCCCAUUUUGAGUCAAUUUAGCUUUAAUUUUGAUUUUUUUUUUUUUUUCCCCAUGGUUGUUGGAGGUUCACUGCUGUUCUCUGGCUCGCGGAGCGCUGCGUCCUGCAGCGCUUCCCCCAGCGCCGCGCAGUGAGGAGAAACCGCGCUCGUGCUUUAAUUCCUUGUUGCGCUCCUGACGCCGAUUUUGGGCCCAGGCUUUCCCUGUCCCUAGCGAGAGCCGGCGCCUUGCGAGGCGAACGCGGCCCCUGGCUCCCGUCCUGGGGAUGGACGCGGCCCCGGCUGCCCCGCUGCCCGGGAGCGUUUUCUUCUGCCCGGGGUUCCCCUGCUCCGAGCGUCCCCCAGGGAAUUCGGGGCGCAGCAUCCCGCGGCCAGGGGCGUGCGGUGCCGCUGCGGGCCGGGACCAGGAGGUGCUGUAGGCUCCUCACCUCCCUCUCACUGACUCCCGCGUCCCGUGAGUAGUGUUGUCCCAGCUGUAUCAUUUGGAAGUGAUUUACUGGAAUUACAAAACCUAUCUUUUUUUUUUUUUCCCUUCUUUUUUGUUUUUUUUUUGUUUGGUUGGGUUUUUUUUUGUUUGUUUUUUUUUUUUCUCUCCAGAUAAUUGCUACUCUUUUUGGCUUUUUGCUCUGGCUGCUUUAGGAAACUUACGCAGGAGAGAUGGCACAAGAGGGCUAAAAACGGAGUGGGGGUCACGGACUUGAUUUUUAAGCAGCUUGAAUGGUUUCUUUCAUUUUUUAAGAGAUGCACUUGCCUAUGAUACUGUCUCUCCAGUGAAAUGAUUACUGCUCCAUUACUCUAUUGAUACAAUAUUGUGCAUGCUAGUGUCGUAUUUCUAUACAGUAGCUUGAAAUUUAUUAACUUAUACUGUAGAUGUUAUGUAUUCCUAUGACAAAAUAGUCUUCAAAUUUUUUUUUAAAGUUUUUUAAUUUAUUUUUCUUUCCUCUUUUUUUUUUUUUUUCGGGGGUAAAGUUUGCUCUACCAAAUAGUGAUCGUAACAAACUGAUCUGUUAUGGAUGUUGCUAUAGUGACAUGCAAUUAUAUAUGAUUUUGUUUUUAAAAAGGAAAAAAAAAAAAAAGCAAAAGAAAACACCAGUGUUAGCUUAAUCUUAAUGUCUGGUGUUCGUCAUGGUGAAAUUAUAACUAUUACAGUGUAGGAGAACAAUGACUGUGUUCUUUGAAUGAGCCUUUGUUUGUGCUUUUUGUCAUGUUAUGCAGUGAACUAUUUUUAAGGUCUAAUCAGUGAUUAUUUUUCCAACUCCGUGUUUCUGUAAGGAAUUAUUUCACACACGGACCAUUCUUAGCAGUUUUUCCUCAGUGAUGGAAUAUCAUGAAUGUGAGUCAUUAUGUAGCCGUCGUACAUUGAGCAAAUAAACUUACAGAUCUGACGUCA